AUGGCAUGGAGGCAGAGAGGGGAGAGGGGAUUUAAAGACGUUUGGAUCGCUUCCUUUUCGUAGGCCUCCCUCCUUCUUGAUUCUUUUUCUUGAUUGUACUUUAUUUCUCCAUCUUGAUACGAACUGGAAUUUGGUGCAGUGAUUGUUUUGUUACUUCAUUGACGAUUUUGGUCUAUCCGCCGUUCCACACAUCGAGGAGACAGAGGGAUAUCGAAAAACGAAAUGGCUGACGCGGGCCAAGCUCAACAGACUCCCGAGCCCGACGAGGUCAUCGAGGCACAAGAGUUCGGAUCAGAUGCGUCUUCGACCAGCGGCACGUCCGUCCACACUGAUACAGACACCCUAAGAACGAGUAUCCGUGACUACCGCAGGGAAAACGGGCGCACAUAUCACAGUCUCAGCGAUGGAACGUACAUCCUCCCAAACGAUGCCAGAGAACAAGACCGUUUAGACUUCCAGCAUCACUUCUGGACGCUGACGUGGGAUGGCAAACUCUGCAUGUGUCCCAAGAACCAGGGCGCCAACCGCGUUUUGGAUAUUGGAACCGGAACUGGUAUUUGGGCUGAAGAAUAUGCGGAUAAACACUCAGAAGCAGUGGUCAUUGGCGUGGAUUUAAGUCCCAUUCAGCCUGAAUUCGUCCCGCCGAACUGCAAGUUCGAAGUCGACGAUGUGGAGAAAGAGUGGACGUGGCAGGAGCCUUUCGACUUCAUCUUUGCGAGACACAUGAACGCAUGCUUCGAGAGCUGGGAACGGUUCCUUCGUCGUGCUUACGACGCCCUAGAACCAGGCGGCUUCAUCGAGCUCCAAGACAACGCCUUCCCCAUCCUCUGCCAAGACGGCACCCUCAAGCCUGACGACCCGAUGGCGCGCUGGUCGACCCUCAUGAUGGAGGGCACCGAACUCAUCGGCCGCCCCAUCACCGUGCCCGCCCGCUUCCGCUCCAUGCUCAGCGAGGCCGGCUUCGUCGACGUCGUCGAGCACAAGCGCGUGUGGCCCACGAGCCCGUGGCCGCUGAACCCGGAGCUGCAGGAGCUCGGCGUCUGGGGCCGGGCGUGCAGUCUCGAGGGCAUCGAGCCGGGCGCCAUGGCGCUGUUUACGCGCGUGUUGGGGUGGACGAGGGAGGAAGUUGUCGUUUUCAUGGCGGGGGUGAGGGAUGAUUUCAAGAAUACUGCUAUUCAUGGGUUCUGGAACGUGUACUCCGUGUACGGAAUGAAGCCCCAUGAGGAGCCCAGCCAGGAGUAAGGUAUCUGGACAUUGGUUGCCGGUGGACCCAGACCUUUCUACACCGAGUUAUUCUCUACACUGAGUGGUUUGAUGCAAAUAUCUGAUGGCCGAAUGACGUGUCUGUCAGUCUCACGAAGUAGACUCUACAGCCAAUCGCUUGUAUGUAGACACAUGCGAUGAACCACUUGGAGUGUAUGGGUGAGCAAUGAAGGAUGUGGACGAAGAAAUCCUGAGAACGUGACAAAUGUGAUGGCUG